AUGUCGCAGCGAGUUACGCGCUCGCAGCUGGGCAAGACGCCAUCUAAGCCCGAACGUCCAGGAUUUGUCGAGACCCCAGGUCGCAGGCGGUCGGUACGCAAAUCAAACAUCUCCAACCUCGACGGCGCAUGCGAAUCAACACCGGACCGCGAGGAAGUUGCUCCUUUUAAAGACGAGCCUAAGGAGGUCAAAUCUGAAGAGACGAGCAACGGCCAUGCGAAUGGAAAUGGCUACGCCAACGGCCACGCGAAUGGACAUGCGAACGAAGAGGCCAACAAAAAGGACGUCAUCGAGCUCGACUACAAGUUCGAGGCUGAAAAGUUCUUCGCGGAAAAGGACGCCUCAGGCCUGAAUGAGUUUGGAGGCGCCCUCGGCAUGGGCGCCAUGGUGAUAUGCUUUCCCGCCCUCAUGUACUACAUGUGGAUCGGAGCAACCUUCUACAACGGAAAGUUUCCCACACGCGUCGAGGGUCAGAGCUACGCCGACUUCUUCGGUCACAUAUGGUACCUGGUGAAAACGGAAGCGUACCCCAACAACAAGGCGUGGCAAAUCUACUGGUUCUUCGGACUCAUGCAGAUGGCUUUCUACAUGCUCAUGCCCGGUGUAUACCGCAAGGGCAAAGCACUUCCUCACCUCGGCGGCAGACAACUAGACUACUACUGCUCAGCCAUGUGGUCCUUUUACUCCAGCGUCAUCAUAAUGCUCACCCUGCAUUUCACAGACACAUUCAAACUCGACACGCUCAUCGACGAAUUCGGCCACAUCAUGAGCGUAGCCAUACUCUCGGGCUUCCUCUGCUCAAUCAUCGCAUACGUCUCGGCCCGCAUGCGCAACGCCUCCCUCCGCAUGACGGACAACCUCCUCGUCGACUUCUUCCUCGGCGCAGAGCUAAACCCCCGUCUCUUCGGCCUGCUCGACUUUAAAAUGUUCCUCGAAGUACGCAUCCCGUGGUUCAUCCUCUUCUUCCUCUCGCUCGGAACCUGUCUGAAGCAAUACGACCAAUACGGUUCCGUCUCGCUCGAGGCCAUCUUCCUCCUCUUCGCGCACUACCUUUACGCCAACGCGUGCGCAAAAGGCGAACACCUCAUCAUCACGACGUGGGAUAUGUACUACGAGAAACUAGGCUUCAUGCUGAUAUUCUGGAAUAUGGCCGGUGUCCCGCUGUCAUACUGCCAUUGCACGCUGUAUAUCGCCAACCACCACCCGUCUGAAUACGGUCUGCCGACUUGGUUCACCGCCGCGCUUACCCUCGCCUACGUGUACGCUUACUACAUCUGGGACACGACCAAUAGCCAGAAGAACCAGUUCAGGCAGGAGGAACGCGGCGUCGUUGAGGAACGCACUACGUUCCCUUACUUCAAGUACGGACGCAUCGAGAACCCAAAGACUAUUAGCACGAAACACGGCAACAAGAUUCUGGCAGAUGGAUGGUACGGUAAAGCACGCAAGAUCCAUUAUACGUGUGAUUUCUUCUUUGCGAUUAGCUGGGGCUUGAUUACCGGGUUUGAAAGCCCGUUUCCGUGGUUUUACUCGGUUUUCUUCGGUGGCAUGAUUGUGCAUCGUGCUUUGAGGGAUAUUGAAAAGUGUAGGGAGAAGUAUGGGGAGGCGUGGGUCGAGUAUGAGAAGCAGGUGCCUUAUCUUUUUAUUCCGGGUGUCUACUAAAUCGCAUGUGGGAUGGGAGUUAUGGUUGUUGAUGAAUCUAUUGUGUAGCUUUGGGGUCUUUACACGCGGGUGUUGUUUGAUCGGAACGAAUCGUUUGGUAGCCAUGCUUGUACCAUUUUGCACGUGUCGUAGACGCAUGUUUUGUUAAGUUAGAAACGGACCAUGUGGGGGUGAUAAUGGCAGUAGUAAAUGCAUCAUGUACAACGUCA